GAGAUACAGCCUUCACUGUUUAUGAUGGAUCCACCUGACAGCAGGAAAAUCUAGGAUGGGAUCAAAGGGACACUGAUAUUUAUUGACUUUUACAGUCACCUGUUUUCACUAAGAAAGAGAAACAGUUUCUAUCAUUUUUAGGACUUAAGUAUUAAAUAUGAAAUGAAUCCUUCUUGUUUGUAUUGUGUCUCCUUAUACUGACACUAGGUAAUGUGUUGUGAGCCUGGAGGUGGGGGUUGGUAGCUCAAAAGCAAAAUUUGUUUACUGAGAGAUUUUCUCUUUGAGUUUAAAAGACCUCGGCAGGCUCCAAUCAGCUGGCUGUUGGGGGCAGUGCCCCCUGUGCUUUCAUUUACCUGAGCACUUAUACAAGUUGAGAUGAGAAAAGAGCCAGUUUGGUUGACCUUUGGGCUGAUUUUUAGAGUGGAUGUUGUGGUUAGAGACUUCGGCUUGGAGUCUGAGCUGAGCCCUGCUCACAGCCUAUUUUGCCCUUGGACAGAUCUCUUUCCCUCUGAGCUUGUUUUCUCAUCUGUAAAAUGGAGACUAUUUUAUUUUUGUAUUUUUUCCUCCAUUAGAAUGAAUGGUCAGUGAAGGCAGGAAUCACAUCUACCUCAUUUUCUUAAAUCCCCAAAGUCUAGUCCAUAACCCGACACAUGGGGAGUCUUCAAAACCCUGACUGAGUGAAUGAGUGUAAGUAAUUUUUCUGGAGAAAUCUGAGGAACACGACCUCAUCGAGGUGGUGAAGGUCAGUAAUAGUCAUAAAUCAUGUUGCUGUAUCAUUCAUAUCAUGUCAUGAAAACAGCACCGUACCCACAUCUAGAAUGUUCCUCCCCAACGCUGCUAUCCUCAGUCUAAUAAUGAGAAAAACAUCCCAUCCCAACAGCGGGGUAUCCUACAAAAAAUUUGACCAGCACUCCCCCAAAACUGUCAAGGUCAUCAAAACCAAGGAGAGUUUGAGAAAGUCUCAGCCAAGGAGGAGCCUAAGGAGACAUGAGAACGAAAUAUAAUGUGGUAUCGUGGAUGGGAUCCUAGCUCAGAUACAGGACAUCAGGUAAAAACUUAAGGAAAAAUGAACAAAUUUUAGUUGUAUCAAUGUAGGUUAUUUUAAAUGAAUAUAACAUGCUAGUAUGUUAAUAAGAGAAAUUACGUGGGAGGGCAUACCUCACUGUACUGUCUUCUCAACUUUUCCAUAUAUCUAAAAUUGUUCCCAGAAAAUAGGCUUACUUUUAAAAUAGGGCCGCCCCCACCCCCGCGGCCUCCGGCGCUCAGGUGCUCGCCUCCCGGAAGCGGGAGAGGGCUCCGCCCCACCCCGCGCAAAGAUGGCGACGCGAGGAGGCCCGCCCCGCACAAAGAUGGCGGCCGCGUCGGGGAGGAACCGGAAGCGCGGUCUGGCGGUAGCGCCCGUCCGCGGCAGCGCCAGAACGCGCGGGGCGGCGCGGGUCCGGGCAUGAAGCUGGGCCGGGCCGUGCUGGGCCUGCUGCUGCUGGCGCCGUUGGCGGUGCGGGCGGUGGAGCCCAUCAGCCUGGGACUGGCCCUGGCCGGCGUCCUCACCGGCUACAUCUACCCGCGCCUCUACUGCCUCUUCACGGAGUGCUGCGGCCAGAAGCGGAGCCUCAGCCGGGAGGCGCUGCAGAAGGAUCUGGACAGCAAGCUCUUUGGACAGCAUCUCGCAAAGAAAGUCAUCUUAAAUGCUGUGUCUGGCUUCAUAAGCAACCCGAAGCCGAAGAAACCUCUCACCCUUUCUCUGCACGGGUGGACGGGCACGGGCAAAAAUUUUGUCAGCAAGAUCAUCGCGGAGAAUAUUUACGAGGGAGGUCUGAACAGUGACUAUGUCCACCUGUUUGUGGCCACGCUGCACUUUCCACAUGCCUCCAACAUCACCCUGUAUAAGGACCAGUUACAAUUAUGGAUACGUAGCAACGUGAGCGCCUGUGCCAGAUCCAUCUUCAUAUUCGAUGAGAUGGACAAGAUGCAUGCCGGCCUCAUAGAUGCCAUCAAACCUUUCCUAGACUAUUAUGAUCAUGUGGAUGGGGUUUCCUACCAGAAAGCCAUCUUCAUAUUUCUCAGCAAUGCUGGAGCAGAAAGGAUCACAGACGUGGCUUUGGAUUUCUGGAGGAGUGGAAAGCAGAGGGAAGAGAUCCGGCUCAAAGACAUGGAGCCGGCCUUGUCGGUGUCGGCCUUCAAUAACAAGAACAGUGGCUUCUGGCAUAGCAGCCUAAUUGACCGAAAUCUCAUUGAUUAUUUUGUUCCCUUCCUCCCCCUGGAAUAUAAACACCUAAAAAUGUGCAUCAGAGUUGAAAUGCAGUCCCGAGGCUUUGAUAUUGAUGAGGACAUUGUCACCAAAGUGGCCGACGAGAUGACAUUUUUCCCCAAAGAGGAGAGAGUUUUCUCUGACAAAGGCUGCAAAACCGUGUUCACCAAGUUAGAUUACUACUACGAUGACUGACACGGCACUGGAGUUGCUUCAAGUUGGAACACUGCUCUUUUCCCAUAUCUCCCCCAGCUCCAUACACUGGAAGAGGACUAAAGUGAAUGCUUCCUGUGGGACAGGACAGGCAUUGCCCCAGGCAGUGUUCAUCCAGCAGAGCCUUGCCAGUGUCCUACCCUACAGAUCGUGGACUUCGAAAGAGUGUUCAGAGGAGGAAGCAGCUCCCAAUCCACUCAGCCCAGGGCUCAUGAUUUUUUAAAAAUCAUGUUUUAAUCUCAAGUGUUUCUGUUUCAAGGAAGGACGUCUAAGUUUUAUUGAAAAUGUGGUAACUUUAUUUAAAAUGGUUUUUAACAUUAUGAGAAACUUUUCAGGCUCUA